AUGCAUGAACUCGUUUACUUCGGACGUUCCCUACCCUGGAUCUUUAUCGACAGUCUUGGAGUACUGAAGAACUAUAAAAUUCAGAGCAACAAAAUCCCAUCCUUGCGAGAACAGUGGGAUUGCGCGAAGUUUGUACUACUCAGCCACUUCACUGUCGAAUUACCCCAAAUCUGGCUGUUUCACCCCAUGGCUCAGUUUUUCGGUCUCUCGACUUCGGUUCCUUUCCCUUCCGUGUGGACAAUGGCUUACCAAAUCGCUGUUUUCUUCGUCCUUGAAGAUACAUGGCAUUAUUUCUCCCACCGUGCACUUCAUUGGGGCCCUCUUUACAAAGCGAUACAUAAGAUACAUCAUCAAUACUCGGCGCCUUUUGGUAUGGCAGCUGAGUAUGCAUCUCCGAUUGAGGUUAUGAUUUUAGGUUUCGGAACUGUUGGCUGUCCAAUCCUUUGGUGUGCAGUAACUGGGGACCUGCACAUAUUCACCAUGUAUGUGUGGAUUGUGCUCCGGCUUUUCCAAGCCAUCGACGCACAUAGUGGUUACGAGUUUCCUUGGAGCCUUCAUCAUUUCCUUCCGUUCUGGGCUGGCGCUGACCAUCAUGAUCUGCAUCAUGAAAAAUUUGUGGGUAAUUACUCUAGCAGCUUCCGGUGGUGGGACUACUUGCUUGACACUGAAUACACCCCCGAGGCAAUCAAGCGUCGCAGAGAAAACAAGGCUGCGAAGAAGAACCUCUAA